AUGACGAAGAUGCGAUCCAUUUUAGGUGUGAUUGCGUUGCUAUCUACGAUAGUUCAUGCAGUAUCUACUGGGAAUCAUGACCUACGUGAUGUCAAAAGACAGUCCUCGACAGAGCGACUGGUUUUUGCGCACUUUAUGAUUGGGAUCAGCAGCAAUCGAAAGAGUGCGUCGGAUUACGAUGAUGACAUGAAGCGUGCCAAGUCUCUGGGGAUUGAUGCAUUCGCUCUGAACAUUGGCGUAGACCCCUACACUGACCAACAACUCCAACUGGCAUACGAAUCGGCCGGCAACAAUGAUAUGAAAGUCUUUCUCUCAUUCGAUUUCAACUGGUGGCAUAUCGAUCAGGCUACCGCAGUUGGCCAGAAGAUCGCCCAGUAUGCUAGCAAGCCUGCACAACUUCUCGUCGAUAACAAAGUGUUUGUCUCAUCAUUUGCCGGGGAUGGAAUGGAUGUUGCAGCUUUGCGAGCCGCUGUUGGAAGGUCGAUCUUCUUUGCACCGAACUUCCACCCUGAUAUGGGGACAGAUAUCUCGCUAGUUGAUGGCCUCUUGAAUUGGAUGGCGUGGCCAAACAACGGGAACAACAAAGCACCAACCCCUGAUCACAAUGUUACUGUGGCUGACGGGGAUCGAGUAUAUGUCAACGCUCUUGGCGGAAAGGCCUAUAUUGCCCGUUAUAAAGCAGCCGUAUCACCGUGGUUUUUCACGCAUUUCGGACCUGAAGUUUCUUACAGCAAGAAUUGGAACUUCCCAUCUGAUCUCCUGUGGUUCAACAGAUGGAAUGAGAUCCUUGCGUUGAAACCGCGAUUUAUCGAGAUUGUGACAUGGAAUGACUACGGAGAGUCUCAUUACAUCGGUCCUUUGAACUCACCACAUACUGACGACGGGGCCUCAAAAUGGGUUAACGACAUGCCACAUGAUGGAUGGCUGGACAUUUCAAAACCAUACAUCGCUGCAUUCAAAGCAGGCGACUCAUCUCCAAAUAAUCAUAUCUCAUCCGAUGAGUUAGUCUACUGGUAUCGACCUGCACCACGUGGGGUGAACUGCGACUCUACAGAUACCUGCAUGGUACCAGCAAACAAUGGGAGUGGAAACUAUUUCAUGGGUCGUCCAGAUGGAUGGGAAUCCAUGGCAGAUUCUGUCUUCGUUGUCUCGUUACUUACAUCUCCAGCUACAGUGCAGAUCAACAGUGGUGGGACUGUGUAUAAUUACGAGGCACCAGCAGGUGCAAGUGCAAAGGAGGUGCCGAUGGGUGUUGGCUCACAAGGUUUCGCGGUCGUCCGUGACGGGCAGACUAUUUUGUCGGGGACCAGUUUGAAGGAGAUCAUUAACGGGUGCGUGUGUGGUUUGUAUAACUUCAAUGCAUAUGUCGGAACCCUUCCAGCAGGAUUCAACGAUCCCCUCCUGCAGGAUGGGCUCUCCGCCUUUAAACAAGGCCUGCGUGACCAGUCCUGUCAACCCAGUCCCUCAUUAGGUACAGUGCCUCCAGCUCCUCCAUCUUCAAGCACGAGCACCACUUUUCCAGGUCCUCCCCGGAGUACAACAGGCCCUGGACAAUGCUCUAAUGCUCCGUCAACUGUUGUGAUCACCGUUACCCUCCAACCUCAACUGGAGGCUGCAGCAGUGGGGGAGGUGGAAACGGUGGUGGUGGUACUAGUGGAGGAGGUGGUAGCAGUGGAGGCGGCGGCGGCGGUGGUGGAGGAGGAGGAGAAGGUGACGGUAGAACCUGCAUUGCAGGAACAGGAUCUAAUAACUACGUUGGAUUGUGUUCCUUUUGCUGCAACUAUGGGUAUUGUCCAUCUGGACCCUGCACCUGUACGCAGUAUGGGAGUGCUGUCCCGCGUCCACCAUCAACCGGAACUCGUGGGAUGCCUCUUAUCGACAAAGAUGAUUCGUAUCUGGGUCUUUGCAGUUUCGCAUGCGACCAUGGCUAUUGUCCCUCUACGGCGUGCAGAAUAG